GAUUAUUUUGAUGGACCACACAUAUUUUUUGGAGUUUGUUUUGGGGUUUAUCUUUAUCAUUCAUCAUCAGGCAAAGGGAUUUUAGCUGAAGUGUUUGUUCUCAGUCCUCUUGAUAUAGACUGACCACUCACAACUUUAUAAUCAAAUAAGUUUUAUUAUUUGUGUCAAGAAUUUUGUAUUUUACAAAAAACAAUAAAAUAUACUUUAAAAUACACUUUCUAAAGAACAACAUUUCAAACAAAAAUGCUGCUGAAAGUACUUUACAACAAAGAAAUUACAUUCAGCGAGUGCUUCAUAUGCACCAGACUGAAUGAAAAUUAAAAAAGUGAAAUGAUUAAUUCAAAUUUAGAUGGAGAAUUGUUGGAGCAUAAUGCUUAAAAUAGACAAAUUUAAAGAAAAGACACAAGGUCCUGCAAUAGUAAAAAUAUCAGAAAUAUGAAUAAAGACUAACAAUUAAAAUAUUCAUAAGUAAGUGUAUCUAUUAUUGAAACUAAGAGAACCGCUACAGGUUUAAACAAAGACGGUCGAAUGAUGAAAACAUUGACCAGGGAACGUGUAAAAGUUUCCUGUUCACACUUGAUGGUAGAGCUUAGUCUUAUGAUUGGAUAGUUUAAAUGUCACUAGAAUAAUAAUAAUGAUGUCAAGGUAGGGCAAGUUUAUUCAUAUAGCACAUUUCAGCAACAAGGCAAUUCAAAGUGCUUCACCCACGACAUCAAAAGCGUCAAGACAAAAGAAAACAGAAACAUUGGAAUAGAACAUUUAAAAAUCACUAAAACAAAUGUGAAAUAUAUGAUCUUAAUUGUUUAUUAUGUAUGAGUGUUUUUAAUUCAAUGCUGGUUCAGUUUGCAGACUCACAGUAACGCAUCUUUGUCCAAAGGAUCUUUUAACUCGGGAUUGUCAGUUCUGUGACGGUUUAUGAUGUGGCUGUGUGGGUUCACAUGUUUGUUCACAAUCAUUAAAAAGAACGGAGUGAACAUCUCUGAAGAAAGAUCUGGUUUACCUGAAACAUGUUUGGAUAUUCUAUUAACGUUGAACUGGAGCCAUCAUGGAGGACUAUAACCUAAACUGACUAACUCUACAAGAAUGACGAACCUGAAAACACCAAACGUCAUCAGGAAAAAGAAUCAACUUCACCUGACAGCUGUUCACCAGCUGCAAGAGAAGAAGAAACGCCAUCGGAAAAACACAAGUUUAAGAAACUGCAAUGGUAAGAAGAGCCAUUUAGUUCACUGGGAGCUGUUUAAAUGAAAGACAAAUCACAUUUUAAUACCGGACACCAAAUGAACCAAACAACUGGACCGCCCUGCUGUUAUUACAGACCUCGAACUUCUCACAGCAGUGCACUCUCCCGCUGUUAGUAGGGACACUGACACUGGAGAAUCCUGCUAUUAUAACAGACACUGAACUCAUCACAGCAAUAAACUCUCCGGCUGUAAGAAGGGACACUGAACUGAACACACAUUGGCUGUCCCACUGUAAUUUCGAGACACUGAACUCAACUCAGACACUGGUUUGUCAAAGUGUUUGAACAUUGAACAAACGACAGACCCUCGACUGCCCCGCUGUUAUAACAGACAGUGAAGUAAUCAUUGAAUCCGGCCUGCCCUGUUGGUGUGACAGUUACUCAACAAACCUCGCACUCUGGACGGACAAAUCUGACCAACACCUGAACUAAAGUUUUUUUGUGACAUCACUGCUGUGGGCGUGGUCAAAGAUGUUAAUGUGUUACUACUGUUUUAUUAAUCCCUCAAUCAUACAGCACUACUGUGCAUUGUCCACUUAACCAGCUAAGGAGUCCUGUCCAGGUCUGACCCUGUCAUCUGACCCUGAGUCCCCCACGCCUAAUUCAAAUCCUUCCAACUCCAGUGUCUUAUAAGAUAUGUUGCCUGCCAUCUGUCAGACCUGAACAUCAUUGGCCAAAGAAAGAAAGGUCUACAGGCACCACAGAAUAGGAUUGGCAGGCAGGGUGCCCUGAAGAAGAGGGGGGGACAUCAGCUGAUUGAUACAUUUCGGAAGUGUAGGUGUUGGUCUCGAGAAGACAGGGGGUGAGGAAGAGGAGGGGUGAGGAGGAGGAAGAGGAGGAGCCCGUGGAGGAGGAAGAGGAGGAGUUAGAGGAGGAGGAGAAGCUGAGUCGAGUCUGUAAAUCCACGAUGAGCAGGCUCUGCUGCAGACAACAAGUGUUAGGAGACAGAGAGUGGAGGUAGAGGGAGGAUAAAACCAGCUUACUCUUAUGACACAGAGAGCAAUACGAGGACGGGACGAGAGAGAGAGAGAGAGAGAGGAAAAGGAGGUUACCACGGCAACUUGGGGGAUGUUGCUGCAGCAAUGAGGACACCGGGACACACAGGAUGAAGAUAUGAAGAGAACAUGAAGAAAACAUUUGAUCUGGUUCCAAUUCUCACCCUCAUGAGAACUAGGAGGCCAAUGGGCCAUUUGCUCAAAUAUUGAAGGUCUACAGAAAAGUAUAGGGGCAUAUAGGUGACAUCAUGUCUGAGGCAGGUAAGGUCCUCCACCUGUACGUCGAAGUAAGGUCUGUAGCUGAGGAGGAAGGCAAGGUGCCAGUAAGAGGAGAUGAUGGUACUGGCAGCCAAACACUUCAGUGCCCGGACGUCCUCCCUCACUCCCAGAGAUGCUCUCUCUACUCCAGUCAAGAUCUUUCUUCAGUCUUUCAGAACCAAGCAAGAGUUGGAAGCAACAGCUUACCCUCCUCAAAGUCCUCCUCCAGACACUCAGUCAGCUUCCAACUCAGAGAACCUGAUGCUACAGGGUCUCCAACCCGGGUCCACCGCCAAGAUGUGUUCUAUGACAGGUUUGGUCAAAUACUCAAGGUCCUUGCACCUCGAACUGGUCCAGGCCAGCUUGACUCACUGGGACGGACCCAUUCCUCUGACACAGAUCCCCACCGGAGAAGUGUGAACAUCUCUCCCUCUUCUACAUACUCUGAGAGGCUGACCUUACCCUCGACACCUCUCAGCAACUGCAGAUCCUCUGAGAUGUCAGGGGUGGAAAUUGAGGAAGGAAAGACAUCUGUGGUGACCUUUGGCUACAUAGAGAAAGCUAAUGUUCACAGCCGCCGUACCUCUGUGUGCCAAAAUGAGUUUGACUAUCCUCUUAACAGAUUAGAGGGUCAGUUACUGCCUCCACACCUCCGGAAGAGGAUGAGUGACCCAGUGUGGUACAAUGGUCAGCCAAGGCAGGGCGGUCCUUACCCCAGUCAACCUUACCCAUUCCCUGAAGGCUCCCCCUACAUUCAGAGGUCUACCAUGGAUUCAGUUGCGAGAGAUUCCACCUACAGGGCCUUGGAAGAGUUUGGCUCCCCAGAGCUCAGGCGGAGGUUUUCUGGUUACAGCACCCAGAAUGGCAGCCCGACCCUGUCACGGCACUGCCAGACCCCCCGUUGCCGGUCCUGGGGAGGGUCACCAAUCCUGCCCCGCGGCACCCUCACCCUGCCAUCCAAGACCCAGCUCAUGGAGAUGGACAGGGGAGUCUGCCGUAGUUUAAUGAAUGGACUACCCAGAAGUCCUGCUUCUGACCAGCUAUGUGCCCACACUGGAUAUUCUUCCACCUCAAUGACUCCAACCUCACAUUUUUGCUCUCAUCACAUGCCUCAAAGCAAGCAGAGGCCAUGGGUGGGGGAUGAGAGCCCCAGGUUGUCGAGCAAAUUUCACCCACCUUUACCUGCGGGGCGACCCACAGAUAUCCAGCAUGAGAUCCCACCUAACAUAUACCAAAACAGCAACCAUUCCAGAGUGGACUACCAAGUUAGUGGGGACGGUUUUAAUAAAUGCCACAGUUCUAACAUCACCAAAACCAGUCAUAAUGCUAAAGACAGUGUUCGGUAUUGUGCUAAUGAGAACUCUAACUUAUCCAACAAGACUCACUACAAAUCGUCACGCUGCAGUAGCAGAGCCAGUGAUGCAGUCAGCCCAAGCACUAACAGGAAAAGCCUCUCACCAUCCUCAAAUGCUGAAGUGGCUUGUAAGUUAGCUGUUGAGGCAGCCAAACUGUCCUCCAUUUUUUCAGACAGGCGAACUCCUUCUCCAACGUCUUCUCAAGCUGAGUCAGUGAGGUCAGAGAGUCCUAAGAUUGGAGGGUCACUCCUGAGAGAAUCUCUACCACAUGUCACUCUUCAUGGGCAAAGUUCUUCUGAAUCUCAGCAGGUUGACAACCAGAACCAUGGAUAUAAAACCGACAAAGCAAUACCUCAAACCAGGCCAGGACGCAUCUCACCUCUCUUAUCCCAAAAAGUCAUAUCUUCACCAUCGUCUCCCGCCUUGCCUGCAAGAUUACACCGCGCAAGCACCUCUCAAUCACCAAUCUUGGAUCCACGGCAGCUAAAGGGUUCAUCACCCACUGGGAACAUGACAACCCUGCACCGCUACCAGCUCCCACAGUACACAGGUGAACGCAAACCUCCUGGCAUGGAAGAAAGGCAGUAUGAUCACCUAUUUUAUGGGUCACCUAGGGACAGCCCUGAACUCUCUAGAAGACUUCUGUCCAGCCAAAAUAUAGACGCAAUGCCUUUGAGCUGGACCUCCAGGCACCAGGGGUGGAGGGAAGCUGGACCAGCCCAGCACGGGGGAGAAGACUGUGAAAAAAACUACAGAAAUAAAAAGGCUGGAGUUCAACAUCCAAGCAAAGAAGAGUAUCAAAGGAAGGACCGAGGAGACGAAGAAAUAACAUUUUCAGUUCAGGGGUACCAGAGGCCAGUAAUGUCUAAGGAUCAGAGAGAAGAUAUUCAGGAUCACAGUGGGGUGGCUGGGACAUCAUCUCAAAGCUCGAGUGGAGUAACAGGCAGCAUGGGAGACAGCUUCCAGCUGGACAGAAUUGACAGUUUGUCUCCUGAAACCUCAAGCCAGUCAAGCCACGAUACAGCAGACACCGGCUCAGGGAUACAGUCGGACAGUGGCUCAGCAACAACUCCAUCGCGAUCGCAAAAGAUUGCCCGAGCCAAGUGGGAGUUCCUGUUUGGAGGACCAGCUGAGGAGAGUCGCUGCAUUAAAGGCUGUCCAGCCACAACUCCUUCCACCAGCAGCUCACCCAGCCCCACCCCGCCCUCCUCCCUCCAUUUGAAAACAGUAAACCAGAGGAGGGGGCAGGACAGAGAGAGUCUACAGUUGUCCCAUCACCAGGUGCAGCAGGUCGAAGUCGACCUGGUGACACCCCAACCCUGUGGCUCCACACCCAAGACGGGAAUCAUCCGCAAAACCAUUAAAUACUCUGAAACUGAUCUGGACGCUGUGCCACUGCGGUGCUACAGGGAAACCGAUCUGGACGAGGUGAUGCGGGCGGAAGCUGAGGCAGCUGACGAGGGUGAGGCAGACUCAACCUUUGGGAGUAACUGCAGUGCCAGGGCAAACUCCAGCUUCAGCCCUGCAGAAGUCUCCCCAAAGCCCGGGACUGGUGGUGGAAAGGAAGGGGAGGAGGAGGAGGAGGAGGAGGAGGAAGAGGAAGAAGAGGAGGAGGAGGAAGGGGUGGUGAGCUGGGCCACUGUCCGGAUGCUGGGAGACAGACAGAGACAGAGAGCCACCAAGGAGGAGGACGAGGUGUUCAGUCUGCUGCUGAAAGGGACGUUGGAUGGGUCAUCCAACUCCCAUGGUGGCCUCAAAUCUCCAAUCUCCCUCGGUAGCCCCCGGCGCCCCUCCGAGUGCAACCUAGACUCCUUUAGUCGCCAUUUUGAAAGCAUCAUGGAGUCUCAUCGAGCCAAAGGCACUUCGUACAGCAGCCUUGACAGUGUGGACCUCCUGACAUCUGGAUCCACAUCUGUUUUUACCUUCGACUUGCCCACCCUCACCCCAGAGAUUCAGAGUCAGAUCUGUGAUAGUGCCAAGCAGAUCAUCGAGCUGAGUUUCGCCCCACUGGCCCAUCCAGAACUGUACGGCCCCUCAGAAAGGUCCCGCUCCUCGUUCACUCUAAGUGCCUCAGGCCCGGGGCUCCGGGGUGGCUCCAAAGACGACUCCGGACCUCCAGUUCGAUCCAAGUCUGAGAAAGAGACGUGGCGCCGCUCCAUCCUCAAAGAUGGCUUCCGCAAAGCAAGCUCGGUCCCCUCACUCAAUAGCAACCUCAGGGAGCGCCCAGUGAACAACCUGCCCGAGCUGCUGUACCCGCAGGCAGAUGUGGCAGAGCGUCUGGCGCUCGGUGGUAGCGACGAUGCACUGGCAAACGGCACAAAGCCUGACCUACAGGCAGCAAAACGUCUUGCCAAGCGGCUCUACAACCUUGAGGGCUUCAGGAAGUCUGACGUGGCUCGACAUCUCAGCAAGAAUAAUGAGUUCAGUCAGAUGGUGGCAGAGGAAUAUCUCAGUAACUUUAACUUCAAGGGUCUGACCAUCGAUCAAGCACUCAGGACAUUUCUGAGGAAGUUUGCUCUGAUGGGAGAAACUCAGGAGAGAGAGAGAGUCCUCGCUCAGUUCUCCAGGAGAUAUAGGCAGUGUAACCCAGAGAGUGUGACCACUGAAGACAGCGUCCAUACUCUGACAUGUGCUGUCAUGCUGCUGAACACAGACCUCCAUGGAAAUAACAUUGGGAAGAGGAUGUCAUGCAGUCAGUUCAUUACCAACCUGGAAGGUCUCAACGAUGGAAAAGACUUCCCCAAAGAUCUGCUGAAGACGCUGUACAGCUCGAUCAAGAACGAGAAGCUCCAGUGGACUAUUGACGAGGAGGAGCUGAGGAAGUCCAUGUCUGAGCUGACCGACGUUCGAACAGACUCCGCCUCCCAUACCAUGAAACGACUGGGGACUGGAGGAAACCCGCUGGUGGGCGUGGCUCAACAGGCGGAUGGCGAGCUCUACAAGAAUGGCUUUCUAAUUCGAAAAGUCCAUGCUGAUCCUGAUGGAAAGAGAACUCCACGGGGUAAGAGGGGAUGGAAGUCUUUCUACGCCAUGUUGAAGGGGAUGGUGCUUUACCUUCAAAAGGAUGAGUACCGCGCGGAGCGAGAGCUGACGGAGGAGGACGUGAAAAACGCUGUGUCCAUCCAUCACUCUCUGGCCAUGAGAGCAGCUGAUUACAGCAAGAGACCCAACGUCUUCUACCUGAGAACAGCAGACUGGAGAGUCUUCCUGUUUCAGGCUCCGAAUCCAGAACAGAUGCAGUCGUGGAUCACACGCAUCAAUGUAGUCGCUGCCAUGUUUUCUGCUCCACCAUUCCCAGCUGCUAUUGGCUCCCAGAAGAGAUUCAGUCGUCCUCUGCUGCCAGGAUCCAACACUAAACUAUCCCAGGAGGAGCAGGUCAAAUCUCACGAGAACCGAUUCAGGGCAGUUUCUUCCGAGCUGGCUGAUCUUACAGCUUCCACACCCGACCGUAAGGUGAAAGGUCGCGAGCUGGAGGAGCACAAACUCCGACAAGAAUACCUGGAGUUUGAGAAAACUCGGUAUGGUACAUAUGCCAUGCUGCUUCGGGCCAAGUUGUCGAGUGGCGACGAGGACCUGUCAGCCUUCGAGUCACGGCUGUUUGAUGAUGGUGGCCUGCAGAGGGCGCACUCCAGCCCCACGCUUCCUCAGGAUGUCGCCAACAAGGAGAAGACUCGCGGUACCAAGACGUCAAAAAGCUUAAAAGUCACAUCCACGUCAUCCAAGAGCAGCGGCAGCACUAAAGAGGCAAGCAAGAAGAACGGCGGUGAAAACAACCAGCAGUUUGAGGUGCAGAAACAGAGCAGCAAACAGGAAGCGGCUCCGUAAGGCAGCAGGUCGAAUCAUUUUUAAAAAGUUUGAUGCUGGAGACGAGCAUGAAGCGUCACGGUUAGCAGGCCGACAUCCUCCUUUAAACCUUUUCAGUUAAACCUCACUCAGUAAUGGUUGGCUGAGGGUAUUUUGCUCCGGAGCCAAGCUGAGACAUUCGAGGUCAAUGGGAGAAAAAAAACACUCUUCUUGAAGGAGGACCAUUGAACAGAUCAGUGUUGCAUUUAUUUCAGAAAGCACUAAUAAGAUUAAGUUUUAUCUGAAAAACUAUCAAUCAGCUGUUAAAGUUUAUUUUUCAUCCAACCAUGAACCGCAGCAGGUCAAACUUUGAAAACAGACUGCGUGUUUCAGAUAGAAAGUAUUAUUUCCCAUCACUUCUUUUAUUUCAGGGACUCUCUGGAAGCAUUUGUUGUUGAGCUGACUCCCGAGUUAUCCUUCAGCUUCAUGCAGCCAUCCGGUUUAGCUGAGACAGAAUCGAGUUUGUAGGUACUUUUCUUUUUUUUUUUUUUUCUAUCAGAGCGACAAACACUGACCUCCUGCACAGCCGUCGCUCUGCUCCUCAUAGCGACUAACGGGGGAGCAGGUUGCCAUGCCGACCACAUAUAACAGACAGAGUAUGAGGGACUGUUGCUGUGGUGAUCAAAAUAAGGGAGGGGGGCAAGGGGUAGUCUCUGAAGUCAGGACUCCCCCGGCUAAAUGAAGAAACAGAAUAACAGACAGAGGCUGUAAUGAUGCGUCACAGAGGCAACAGGAACAAAACCUCCUCCACACUUCACUGACAGAGUGCUUGUACCUGUGUUUAUAUAUAUGUGUGUGUAUGUGUGUGUGUGUGUGUGUUUGUAUAUUGUAUGUGUGUGUGUGUGUGUGUGCUUGUAUAUUGUAUGUGUGUGUGUGUGUGUGUGUGUGUGUGUGCUUGUAUAUUGUAUGUGUGUGUGGGGGGGGGGGUAUGUGCUACUAAGAGGAGAGUAUUGUACACAGAAAGGAAGAACUGCAUUAGCACUUGAUGUGUACUUGGUGGUGUGUAAAUAGUGAACAUGCUGGAUGGAGGUUGAUCAUAGUGUGUCUCUAGCUGUCUUAGUCAUGUUUUUUUUCCCUCUCUGAGUUGUGCUGGAACAAACAGGCUGUACAGAGGAUUGUUAGUGACUGUAAACUACUGAGUGAGCGAAGGAUACUAAUUCAAAGUGAAAUCUAUACCUUGGCAGAGUACAUGACUCUAAUACACUCCCACUAACUUUUUGAUGAUGGUUCUUAACGAUCCAUCUUUUCCUCUGCUUUCUUGUUUAGAGCAGAAUCCAGGUUCAGUUCCUGAAGUAGGAAACCCUAUUCAGGAUCCUACUAACACCUGUAAUGACUCUUGCUUUGUAACAGAGCUCUCGCAUAUGUUCUUGUUUUUUUUUUUUUUCAACCCAAAGCCAUAAAAUCCCUAUCAGACCUUUUCUGCUCACUCAGUAGUUUUGUCAUUCAUGAACUUCCAUUGGUUUUUUGUUUGUGCUGAAAGUCAUGCUGGAAACUAAAUAAUGUUUGAAUCCGUCCACUUUAUUUUCAUCUUCCUCGUGAUUGACCUUACAAGGAGGACACAUAUCAAAAGAUUUCAUGUUAUUUAAAGUUUAUGUAUCUUGCUGAAAUGAUCUCGUUUGUUUGUUGAUUGGCAGCUGAUCAUCAGACAUAAUGCUUGUCACCCAUGUGGUUAAAAAAAAAUUAACAACUGGGUAAAGUGGGAUCCUGUAAAAGUGUCCUGUUAUUGCUGUUUGAACUUGGGUGAAGUUCUCACCAUGAAGUUACCUCGAGCUGCCACCAGGUGUCACCAGAGUACUAGGUUGCAUUUUCACCUACGCCUUUUGUUGACACAAAAAACUCUCUGCUCUUGUUUAGGUUUUCAAAAAGCUUAACCACAAUAUAGAAAUCCACAUUUUAAAAAUAAUAAUACAUGCCCUGCAUUCAGUACACACACAUUCAGAGUGUCCCAUUUCAAAGUAAUGUAAACUAUUCUGAUUGAAAUAUUUCAAACUGAAUUGAGAUUAAUGAUCUUAAUCAUGUUGGUAAAUAAGGUUUCCCUGAAAUGCAGUCGAGUAGGCGUAUAAAAAAAGUCUUCUUGGAUUUUCCUUUAGUUAUGUAACUGCAGCAUGAAUCAUAAUGUUACGCAGGAGACGCUCCAUGUUUCCUGGAGAAUCAUGUAAUGACAGGAAAUGGUGACCAGGGGUCAGCAGAGAGAAGACGGGUGUUGUUUCUUUAGUACCCUGAACUUUUUUUUAUGUUUUAAAGGUAGGAUCAAUUCUUCUAAUUCAAACCCAAAUGUUGUAGAAUUUUAAUACUUCCAAAAAUGAACACCUGGCAGUGCUUUAACAUCAAUAUGUCUUUGAUAAUAAUUUUGCAUUAUUUGAAAUGAACUGCUCAGAUCUUUCGGUUUGAUAUCAGAAACUCAGAGUCUGAAAUUAAACCCCAAUCAAUAAUCUGUUUUCAGAUUUCCUGAAACCACUAAAGGAAAUCUUGAACACUUGGUCUCUGAAGGGAUGAAGAUUUUUUUUUAUUGAAUUUUUGCACUCAUAAGAAGUGAAUUUAUGAUCAUUUCCAGUUUGGGAACAACAAAAGAGAGGCUCCUCACGGAGUGGUGGAAGCUCACUGAAGCCGGACUGAUUAUCUCCAGGAAUUGUUCUUGUUUGGUAGAUUCCUGCAGAACAGGAAACACUAAACUCUCAGAGGAAAAGCCGAAGUUUGUCAUUUUGGAUUUCUUUUGACUUUAAAAUGUUAACUCCAUGAGGAUGUAAGAAACUUCAAACUACUAAUUUCAAAGGUACGAAGAGAACUGAAACUAAGCAGGAUUGUUUACGUUUUGCCAGUAGAACUCCAUCACAUAACCCCCUCAAUUUCUCUACACUCUGUCUUACAACAUGACCUGAUCUCAGUCUGUUGUGAGCUUUGGCUUCAACCCAAAAAAACAGAAUAUUUGCAGAGUUGUUUGGCUUUAAAAUCAACACCUAACACAUUUCAGGAACAUCCUUACCGUCCAACAUGAUCCAAAUCAACUCCAUCAGACUUAGGACAGAGACACCGUCAUGGAGGUCAGAGCCAUCAUGGCAUCAGGACUCCUCCUACAUGUGGCUGAUGUUUUGGAUUGAAUCUGUUUCAUCAUGUAGAGAUGGGGGAUACAAGUCUGAGCUACUCUCCUUAGUCACGUGUAGACUUCGAUGUCCUCAUCCCUGGUUGGGCAGUUGGAGUCAUGUAUGAUGUUGUUGAUUUUAACCCAGAGUGUUUUCUUUUUUACAUACUGGAAGCUCAUUGUAGAGAUAUGGGAGCCAUUGACAGCGACAAUCAGCUAAUCCUCUGUAAUGUGUCCUUUAAGAUGUAGAGUCGAAGAAACUCCAUCAAAGUAAUCUGACUGUUUUGUUUUCAAAGGACCUAAAAUUGUCACUUACCAUCUCAGAGAAAUCCAUUCAUCUAAUCAAAUCCUGGACUCGACCCUAUAGUCAGUCAUGAGGUUGUCAGUGUGAAAUGAUCUUUGUGUGAAUCCCAGUGCUACGAUUGAAACUCCCAUCAUCCAUCUCCAAUACUUUGGUUUUGAAUUGUCUCUGUUGUUGCUGAUUUUCAAUGUCUCUUGUGUCUCCUCUGUUUAAAUCCAAAUGUCUCGUUUCAUUGGCUCAAUUUCUGAAGAUCCGAUCACAAAAAGUCCACCUGUUCAACAAAUACCUUUGAUACGUCUGGUCUGGUCUGUCCUUCAGCCUCUUCUUUUUUAGACACCCUCAGAUGAGCAUCGACAUGCUGGUUUUAUUCAGGAGGAAUGAGCUGCUGCUGAGACGCUUCCAGACAGCAGAGGUUGUAUUUAUGCCCCCGCUAUGCUGUUUGACCCCCGCUGGGUCCUAUUUACUCCUCAGAUAUCCAGUAACACUUGUGUUUUUUGGGUGUAUUUGUUGCACUGUGCAAUGUAAAGCAGCAUAGGAUGACCUUGGCCGCUUUCAGCUCUUUGUCUGUGUCCAAACCUUGUAAAUAUAUGUACAAGUUCACUUUGAGAAGCCAUAUUGUAGUUGGGCUGAAAGCCUAGCUAGUUGCUACAUAUUAGGGCACUUUUGUUUAGAUGUUUUAGAGUGAAGCAGAUGAUCAACCUCCACACGGGGGUUGAAUCCUCAAGUUUAUUUAUUCUGUUUGUUAUUUCCUGAUCAACGACGAAAGCUGAAUCUAGUUUCUGUGAAAGUAUUUUUUUUCCUUCCAGUUUUGUUGCGGUCUUAAUGUUUUGCCGCCGGCUGGCCGAUUGAUAGCUGUACAUACUGUCCACAUCCUGUGAGGUUUUGGUCUUAGUGAAAAACUAACAUGUUCAGAAGGCUUAGAGGCAAAAAUAAAAAAAUACAUUUAAAAAAAAUCAAA